AUGGGCUCUGCUGCACCCACCACACACUUGCCUUACCGCCUCGAUGGCAAGGUCGCCCUCGUAACGGGCGCCGGUCGCGGCAUUGGGGCGGCCAUGGCCGUCGAGCUCGGCCGCUGCGGCGCAAAGGUCAUCGUCAACUACGCCAAAUCUUCUGGCCCAGCCAAUUCCGUGGUUGAGCAAAUCAAGAAGCUGGGUUCCGAUGCGGUCGCCAUCCAGGCCGACGUCAGCCAAGUCCCCCAAACAGUUCGUCUGUUCGAGGAAGCCGUCAAAGUUUUCGGCGGCCUCGAUAUCGUUUGUUCAAAUGCGGGCGUUGUUUCCUUCGGCCAUUUGAGUGAGGUCACAGAAGAGGAAUUUGACCGAGUCUUCAGUAUCAACACUCGGGGUCAAUUCUUCGUUGCUCGGGAGGCCUACAAGCACCUCAAUUCCCCCGGCCGCAUCAUUUUGAUGAGUUCUAAUACCGCCGACUCAUUCACUGUCCCUAAACACUCGCUGUAUUCUGCUUCUAAGGGUGCGAUCAAUACUUUUGUCCGCUGCCUUGCGAAGGACUGUGGAAAUAAGAAGAUCACGGUCAAUGCUGUUGCACCUGGCGGCACGGUGACGGACAUGUUCCAUGAAACGGCCAAAGAUUAUCUGCCUCACGCAGAUAAGUUAACCAAGGAGCAAAUCCUCGAUAUUGUCGCCAACGUCUCGCCCCUAACGCGCUGCGGAUAUCCCAUCGACAUUGCCAAGGUGGUCUGCUUUUUGGCCUCGGCCGAGAGUGAAUGGGUCAAUGGCAAGGUGCUGGGUGUGGACGGAGGUGCUGCUUAA